ACAGGUCGGAGAAAGGAUUUCAGAUGGCAAAAUACACUUGGGUAUUCUUCUUCUCAAAGAUUUUCGAAUUCAUGGAUACUUUCAUCAUGGUAUUGAAGAAAAACAAUCAUCAGAUCUCAUUUUUACAUAUUUAUCAUCAUUGCUCUGUCUUUAUAAUCUGGUGGUGGGUGAUUUACGUGGCUCCUACCGGAGAAACGUAUUUUAGCGCCGCUUUGAAUUCAGUUGUCCACGUGAUAAUGUACGGAUAUUAUUUGAGCACCACCCUCUCGUUUCCCAUCCGAUUCAUUAAACGUUACAUAACUCUCAUGCAAAUGACUCAAUUUGUCCUAAAUAUGGUUCAGGCUACUUAUGAUAUUUUUUAUUUCAAGUUCUUAUAUCCCACAUUGAAAGAAACCUAUCCCUUCAAUUUGACAAUAUUGUUGUGGGUUUACAUGUGGACCAUGCUGGGAUUGUUUGUUAACUUCUUUAUUGCCGAUCGUAAGCGGGAAAGGGAAGCCAGGAAAAAGAAUGCGCUUGGAGAGAAGAGGAAAGCUCAGUAA